GAGAGGUUGGAAUUACAACUUCCCGAAUGGAAUAAGUCAAGUGGCAGACACCCACGCGACUACCUCAUGGUGUGGUUUUAAUAUUAUGGUUUGGGGUUUUGCUCACCGCUGACAACAGGAUUCCCUCUCUGCAGAACAACUUGUCCAAACCCGGGAAGUAGUUAAGAAGAUACAUGACAGUGCUGAUGUGACCUGGAAGCCAAGACUCCAUUAACAUCAAGGUGCAUGAAAAACCUCUGUGACUGGUGUGCAGCCAUGACUCACCUGCUUGUGAGGCGAUCAUCAGCGCCGUGUUGCCUUCGUUGUCCUGGUGGUUGAUGUCGAUGAAGGGACAGUGGUGAAGACCGUAAACGAUGUCGACGAAUCCUUUACAGCAGGCCACCAUGAGUCCAUUCUGUCGGUGAGAAUUAGAAAGAAUUGGGGUCUGCUGUUAUUAUUGCAUUUCCUUGACAACGUCAGGCAGACGUGUCUGUCGUCGCUAGGCACCAGAUAUUAUUUCAUAGGAAGUGAAGUACUGAGUGCUUCAAGUAACUUAAGCAAAGGGUUCUGUGACUCUGAUACAUGUAUUGGAGAAGUAGUUAGCUCUUAAUAACAAGUCAGAGAAACAACAAAAGAGCAAAGUAUACUCCUAUUCCAAAGGACUACAGUUCAAAAAUUGGACUAUCAAUGUUCCCCGCGAAGGAAACAUGGUUAUUUCAAUAAAAUCAGUCAUAUAUUUUCAAGUCUUCCAUCAAGCUCUUACCCAGCUAUUGAUGUCCAGCUCUCUGACCUCCUCUUUUGUGACCCCCCUCUGCAGGAUCCGCUCCAAGGCGAUGGCAUCAUUACGGGCACAUGCUUGGUAAAGUGUUGUGGCUGCUCUUCCAUUUGUCGUUUCUCGGCUGUAGUCUGGAAGCACCGAGUCAUCCGAGAGGAUGCUGUCCGAAUCUGACUCUGACUCAAUAUCAUCCUCCUCGUCGGGGCCAGAACCCAGGUGAGGGUCCUCCGCUGCCAUGGCCAUCUUCUUCCAGAGGAACGGGUGAGAUGCUGUGAUCAACUUUGCCUACAUCUGUAAACAAAAUUCAACAACAUAAAAGAAGGAAAAUAAACACACCCAUCGAUGUUGGCUAACCAUCGAGUUUAGUGGAGCUCACGUUAGUUUAAUGUCAUGGGGAGGGCGGGGCUACCUCAGCUCACCUGGCCUUUGCUGUUGAGUAACUGGAUCAGCCACAGAAAGCCCAGCUGAACGUACAGAAGUGCUAAUUCGGGAACCGACCUCGGAAUAACUCCAGCCGCACGUGGAGAGUUUCAACUCACAGCUCUAAUUCCCCCAUAGUGGCCGUAAGGUCUUCACAACAACAGUAAAUCAUACCAUCAUAUACGGUAUAUCAUAUAAUACUCGGAUGUUAUAUGUAAAUAAGAACAUUAAAAUCAUUUCAAUAUCACUGUGAUACCUGACUCAUGACUAUAAAUUCACUUUAGUUCUGUGAGGUUUUGGGCAUCUUCACCAUAUGAAACAGCUAUUUUAGGUGUGACUUUGCAGCCACUUGACACAUUCAACAUCAGUUUCCAUCUGAAAAAAUUAGCACUCAAGUUCCAUCUUUUUUGAUCCCUUCGUAUUUGUCGCUUUAAUAACACAAUUGUUCACACAUCAAGACACUGCAGACUUACCAUAAACAAAACCAGAUCAGCAAGUGAUUCCAGUACAAGAUUUGUGUCACUCGCGGGCUGACUUCUGACUUCCUCCAGCAGCUCACACCAUUUGGACCGUGCUGGUUGUGAGUAUGACAGGAGGAGUCCUGGGUCUUGAGAUGUUUAGCCACAGUGUUCAUCUCAUCCCACUUACAGCAGCUUAAUGCUGAGGAUUACCUUCUGCUGUGGCCAUUUUCAUCUUUCAUCUCAGACCGCGCUGCAAUUCAAUUGAACGUCAAGCACAAAUCUUUUCUUUUCAAAUUUGGAACACUUUUUUUCUAGCAAUUUUAUUGUCACUAGUGUCCAGAUAAAGAUCAGACCAUUGCAGUUAUUCACCUUUUUUAAAUGGCUGUCUGUUGCCUCUGCUCAUGUCAUUUUGUGGAGAAUAAACAGCUGUCAAUUACUUUCGCAAACAGAAUGAGCAAUAGCAGAAGAGACGUGUAUAUUUCUCAUUCAUUAAAAUGGGCAGCUAUUUUUAGAGGACAGAUCUAAAUGAUUGUUCAGACUUAAGUGGUGUAAGAAGAUUAAAUCCUAUCAGAAGCUGACCACAUGCUUAGAUCAGUCCCACUAGCAAAGUAUAAGCAUUUCUUACGUUCCCCACUGGAGGACGCUAUUUUCCCCGCGCAGAGCAGCGAGUGGGCGGGGCUGCUCUGCUGCAGCACACAUUCUAUGCUAAACAUGCGGAAAUUAGGGACCGAAACAGGCACCAUGAAUCGGACAAGAUUCUCUGGAGCUGUGGAGCUACAACUCCACAGAGAACUACGUUUUCCUACCGGUGCAGCAUUUGGUUUAGUAUGUUGCUUUAGAGAACAGAGGAGCGGGUGCAAUAUGAAGACUUUGGCAAAAGUUCAGGGGAGGACCGAGCAGCUUCUUGGAUACAGAGUCAAUAAAAUUUCGGACAGCAGCAAGGAGCAACUCUUAGCAAAUGAGAUCAACCAGGAAGUCCGGAUGCAGUUCAGAUGGCCCCGGAGGGCCAGUGUGGCCGCUUGCAAAGAGUCCUGUCCCGUGGCAGGCAGCGACGGCAGUCUGACUCCAUCAGGAGGCUCAUCAGCCCUCCAGGCGUCCGGCAGCUCCAGCCCCUGCUCCCACUCUGUGUCUGGAGGACCUCGGCAUCCUGUAAGCGCUUUAAAGAAAUGGCUCACCAACCCUGUCCGAAAGCUGAGCGUGGAUGGCAGAGGAUCCGGGAAGGAGAAGCAGAUAUGCAGUGCAGUGCUGCCCCUCACCUACCCUGGAGAGGGGCAGCAGACUUUGCUGGAGCAGCAUGAAAGCUACACCAUCCUCCCUUCAGGAGACCAGGACACAGUUUGGAAGGAAGGUCCUGCUGCAGUGUCUCCUACCAAGGCGCCUGGUCAGAGUUAUUUAUCCGACCUCCUGCAGGGAAGAGAAGCACAUCCAACCCUCCACGGCAGUCAAGCAGACAUUAACACAGAUUCAAGUGAGAACAACACGAGGAAUGAUGGCGCGGAAAUAUCAGUGGUGGUAGACAGUGAAGAGGAGAGAAACAUUGCCUUAGAGAAGAGCAUAUACGUGCUGACAGAGCUAAUAGAGACCGAACAGUUGUAUGUGGAGGACCUGGGACUGAUCGUACAGGGUUACAUGACCACCAUGACUAACCAGGGAAUUCCAGACGACAUGAAGGGGAAGGACAGAAUAGUUUUCGGGAACAUCCACCAGAUCUACGACUGGCACAAGGGUUAUUUCCUGGGCGAGCUGGAGAAAUGUGUGGGGGAUCCAGACAAGUUGGCCCAGCUUUUCAUCAAACACGAGCGGCGACUUCACAUGUACGUUGUUUACUGUCAGAACAAACCCAAGUCCGAGCACAUUGUCUCUGAGUACAUCGAGACCUACUUUGAGGAUCUCAGGCAGCAGUUGGGCCACAGGCUGCAGCUCAACGACCUGCUCAUCAAGCCUGUGCAGCGGAUCAUGAAAUAUCAGCUGCUGCUGAAGGAUUUUUUGAAAUACUACAGCAAAACUGGAAGGGAUGUCAGUGAGUUGCAGCAAGCGGUGGAGGUCAUGUGUUUUGUGCCCAAACGUUGCAAUGAUAUGAUGAACGUCGGCAGACUCCAGGGUUUUGAGGGGAAAAUUACAGCUCAGGGGAAACUGCUCCAGCAGGAUACUUUCUCCGUCAGCGAGCAGGAAAGCGGCUUCCUGUCCAGAGCCAAGGAAAGACGUGUCUUCCUGUUUGAGCAGCUUGUCAUCUUCAGUGAGCCCAUUGAUAAGAAAAAAGGCUUCUCGCUGCCAGGUUACACGUUCAAGAGCAGCAUCAAGGUCAGCUGCCUGGGUCUGGAAAAGUCUGAGAAAGAUUCCUGCUGUCUUGUCCUGACUUCACGCAAGACUGAUGGGAACGUGACCCGCUUCAUCAUGCAAGCGCCUUCUGUGGAGAUUCAACAAGCCUGGCUCAGCGAUGUCAUCCAAAUCUUAGAGACCCAGAGGAACUUCUUGAAUGCCCUUCAGUCUCCCAUCGAGUACCAGCGCAGGGAGAGCAACAGUCUGGGGCGCAACGUCAAGUCCCCAUCGAGCUUUCACCCACUUUCCUCGGCUUCCAUGGAGCGCCACCAACAGUCUUGUCGACUCAUGUACAACACCUCCAUGCCCUCGCUGCAUCAGCCCACCAAUAAAACGGUUUCUGAUGAGACAGAUGUGGUUCCACUUUCUCCCCAGUCGUCCCCCGGCGCGACCAGUAAUUCACUCCAGCUUUGGGAAGUCCAGUGGCCAGAGAGGCCGCAGCCAUCCCCGAGUACAAGGUGUGACGACCAGCAGUCGGACAAGCGGGUUUAGUCCAAGAAGCAGCAAAUGAAAACAAGUGAAGAACUUGAACCUUGGUGUUGUCAGAGUGCCUGAAGUCUGGAGGCUUCGCUCCAGCUCCAUCUCAAAUAGUCUCUUGAAGAUGCUGAUCUUCACACUGGUAUAUGUGCGCAAAGAUGCAUUUUAGUUCUCGUAGCAUUGACUUUGUGUACAUUUCUGAUUGAAUAUCUCCCCUAUGAUAUUUUUGUAUUUUUUUUUUUCAUCACCUCUUUGUCACUCCCAGGUGUAGGUGUCCAAACUUUCACUCUGAACAUUUCAGUUACCAACGUAGCUCAUCUCUUAUUCUGCCGGCCGUUUUUUUUCUCAGAACCUGAGACCGGUGGAAGACAAAGGGAACAAUGAUCGUGCAUGAUACAGUAGUUCACACGGGUGUAAAUAUUCACAUAGACUUCUUCCCUCACUGAAAUAUUUCAUUCACUUUAGUAUUUUUUCUUACUUUGUUUCCGAUCAUGACAAAUAUGAUUGCAAAGAUGUAAACCUAAAUACAGUGUAUUGUUUAAA